AAAACUUCAUAGUCAUUCAUAAUGGCCUAGACGAAUGUACAGCCGAGCGUAACUUGCACUAUUUUCGUUUUGAUGUUAGUCUGCGAUUAUAUUCACUGAUAUAUACUUGCAUAUGUAACGAGGAAUUUUUCGGUCACUGCCUUUUUUGUUGUGGGUUCAAACAAUCCGCGUCCAGCGCAUACAUAAAUAAUCCACAGCCUCGCCCUUCCACCGUCAAACCCUCCCAGUUUGUUACCAAACACAACUGAACACCCUAAUACCUGUUAAUAGCGCAACCGCAAGAAUGGCCUUCUCAUCCUCUACCACCACCGCCAGCACAAGCAACGCCCUCAAAGCCUUCACCAAACUCUCCCCAACCGUCUACAUCCACCGGCCCGAGCUCUCCACCACCACCACCGACAACAAAAUCAUCAUCCUCGCCUUCUGGAUGAACGCCUACCCGCGCACUCUCUCCAAAUACCUCACCACCUAUCUAACCCUCUACCCCACCGCGACCAUCAUCUACACCCUCUCGAAAUCCCUUGACUUCCUCAUCCACUUCAGCCCGCGCACACAGCACGCGCGCCUCCAACCCGCCGUCGCCGCCCUCCGCGCCGCCAUCGACCGCAGCAACGGCACGAACCCGCCGCGGAUCUUUAUUCAUAUGUUCUCCAACGGCGGUACCUUCGCUGUCACUAACCUGCUCGAAGCCUAUAAGGCUGCCACGGGCGGCCGCUCCCUCUCCGGCGUUGAGGCCAUGCUGUACGACAGCGCGCCGGGCACGUCGACGUUCCGCGGCGGCAUGCGCGCGCUGUCCGUCGGCUUACCCGCCAACCCGCUGGUGCGUGCGCUGGGCACCCUGGUCCUCGCCGCGUUGACCGCGUGGAUGAUGCUGUUGGCGCGGGUGGUGCCGCGCGCGGACGGUGUGAUGGUUGGGCGGCGCGGGACGUUUGAUGCGGGCUUGGUGGUGCGGGGAAGCAGUUCCUCUUCUUCGGCUUCAUCGGGGGAUGCUGCGGCGGGCGCGGCGCCUCGGCGGUGUUAUCUGUAUUCGGAGGAGGAUCAGGUGGUCGCUGCUCGAGAUGUGGAGAGCCAUGCCGAGGAGGUGGAGGGACGAGGCUGGGAAGUGGAGACGGUCAAGUUCGAGGGCUCGGGGCAUGUGUCGCAUUCGAAGGCCGAUCCGGAACGGUAUUGGGGGGUGGUCAAGAAGUAUAUGGGCAGUGUUUAGCAGGGAGAAAACUGUUUUGUCCUAUUCGAAAGUCGACCGCAUCGCCGAGCGCUAUGCAAUGCAAAACGUUAUGUACAUACAAAAAACCCUCCCUCCCCCUUUCUCAGAUAAGGAAGGGGAGCUAGCU